GAUCAAGUUGAAAACUUUUAAGAUAUAAAACAACAAAUGAGACCCAAAAAUUUGAAGAAGAAAGUAAGAGAAGAAGGAAAUCUACCUGCAUCUGCAUGUCCUCUUCCAACUUCCAUCAAUAAAAUCAACAAUCACGUGGCUAUCAGCUAUCGCCCACCAAUCAAACAGGUUUGGCCCCACCCUUUUUAUGCCCUUCUGUUCUAUCUCUGCAUUGCACAGCAACUUUCGUUGUCUCUCUUUCUCUCUGCCCACAAGUAAAAAAGAAAAUUCCUAAAAGAAAGUGAAACAAACAGACCAAAUGCCAAACUCAAUUCUUUAUUUUGGUUGAUUUAAACCAGCUAAAAGGGCGCACGCAAAAGAAAAACAUCCCCUCCACUCACAGUCCAUAACACAAAAAGAUCAAACCCAGUAUUAAUGGCAUCAGGUGGCAGAAACUCACAGCAGCAGCAGCAACAACAACAACAACAACGAUAUGUACACCAACCAACAACAGCUCAAUCCUCAGGUACCAGUAACUUAAGGGCUCACAACACCGAAUCUAUGAGCAAAGCAAUUGCUCAAUACACAGUAGACGCACAGCUGCAUGCUGUUUUUGAACAAUCAGGAGGGUCAGGUAAAUCUUUUGAUUACUCACAAUCAGUGAGAACAACUAAUCAGUCGAUAGCUGAACAACAAAUCACUGCUUACUUAUCAAAAAUACAACGUGGGGGUCAUAUUCAACCUUUUGGGUGUAUGAUCGCAGUUGAUGAAGCUUCUUUUAGGGUUAUUGCAUAUAGUGAAAACGCACGCGAACUGCUUGGCUUAAUGCCUCAGUCAGUUCCUUCACUUGAAAAACCUGAAAUUCUUUCCAUUGGGACUGAUGUUCGUACUCUUUUUACUCAAUCUAGUGCUCUUUUGCUUGAAAAGGCUUUUGGGGCUAGAGAAAUUACUUUAUUAAACCCUCUUUGGAUUCACUCCAAGAACUCUGGAAAACCCUUUUAUGCAAUUUUGCAUAGGAUUGAUGUUGGGAUUGUCAUUGAUUUAGAACCUGCUAGAACUGAAGAUCCUGCUUUAUCUAUAGCUGGUGCUGUUCAGUCACAGAAGUUAGCUGUUCGUGCAAUUUCACAGUUACAGUCACUUCCUAGUGGAGAUGUUAGACUUUUGUGUGAUACUGUUGUGGAGUGCGUGAGGGAGCUUACUGGGUAUGAUAGAGUCAUGGUUUAUAAGUUUCAUGAGGAUGAACAUGGUGAGGUUGUUGCGGAGAAUAAACAGCCUGAUUUAGAACCUUAUAUCGGUUUACAUUAUCCUGCUACUGAUAUACCUCAGGCGUCCAGGUUUUUGUUUAAGCAAAGUAGGGUUAGAAUGAUAGUUGAUUGUCAUGCUACUCCUGUUAGUAUUAUUCAGGAUGAAGCAUUAAUGCAGCCUCUAUGUUUGGUCGGUUCAACUCUUCGUGCUCCUCAUGGUUGUCAUGCUCAGUAUAUGGCAAAUAUGGGGUCAAUUGCUUCGCUGGCUAUGGCAGUUAUUAUUAAUGGAAAUGAUGAUGAGGCUAUUGGUGGGAGGAGUUCUAUGAGGCUUUGGGGUUUAGUUGUUUGUCACCACACUUCUGCUAGGAGCAUUCCAUUUCCACUUCGUUAUGCUUGUGAGUUUCUAAUGCAGGCCUUUGGACUUCAGUUGAAUAUGGAGUUGCAACUGGCAUCACAGCUGUUGGAGAAGCAUGUUUUGAGGACUCAAACCCUCUUGUGUGAUAUGCUUCUGCGUGACUCUCCCACUGGUAUUGUUACUCAAAGUCCAAGUAUUAUGGACCUAGUGAAGUGUGAUGGGGCAGCACUUUAUUACCAAGGGAAGUAUUACCCAUUAGGUGUGACCCCAGCUGAAGCCCAAAUAAAAGACAUUGUGGAGUGGUUGUUGGCAUUUCAUGGAGACUCAACAGGUUUGAGCACAGACAGUUUGGCUGAUGCUGGGUACCCUGGGGCAGCAUUGCUUGGUGAUGCAGUUUGUGGGAUGGCUGUCGCUUAUAUCACUAACAAGGAUUUCUUAUUCUGGUUCCGGUCUCACACUGCAAAGGAGAUCAAAUGGGGUGGCGCAAAACAUCACCCAGAGGACAAGGAUGAUAGUCAGAGAAUGCAUCCGCGUUCUUCCUUCAAGGCAUUCUUGGAAGUGGUAAAGAGCCGGAGUUUACCAUGGGAUAAUGCAGAAAUGGAUGCUAUUCACUCUCUUCAGCUUAUUCUUCGAGACUCAUUUAGGGAUGCUGAAGCAACCAAUUCUAAGGCUGUCGCAAAUGCCCAGCUCAGGGGUCUGGAAUUGCAAGGGAUGGAUGAACUCAGCUCAGUUGCAAGAGAAAUGGUUAGGUUAAUAGAGACUGCAACUGCUCCAAUAUUUGCUGUAGACAUUGAUGGCUGCAUAAAUGGGUGGAAUGCAAAGGUUGCUGAGUUGACAGGGCUCUCGGUUGAGGAAGCUAUGGGAAAGUCUUUGGUUCAUGAUCUUAUUUACAAGGAGUCCAAAGAAACUGUUGACCAGCUUCUUCGUCGUGCUUUAAGAGGUGAAGAAGAUAAAAAUAUAGAGAUAAAGAUGAGGACAUUUGGCUUUGGACAUGAAAAGAAGGCCGUUUUUGUGGUGGUGAAUGCUUGUUCUAGCAAAGAUUACAUGAAUAACAUAGUUGGAGUUUGCUUUGUUGGUCAGGAUAUUACUGGUCAAAAAGUGGUAAUGGACAAAUUCAUCCAUAUCCAAGGUGAUUACAGGGCUAUAGUUCAUAGUCCCAAUCCUUUGAUCCCCCCAAUAUUUGCUUCAGAUGAGAACACUUGUUGCUUGGAGUGGAACACUGCCAUGGAGAAGCUCACUGGGUGGGCCCAAGGGGAAAUUAUUGGGAAGAUGUUGGUGGGGGAGGUUUUUGGCAGUUGUUGUCGCCUCAAGAGCCCCGAUGUGUUAACAAGAUUCAUGAUUGUCUUGCACAAUGCAAUUGGAGGACAGGACACUGACAAGUUUCCAUUUUCCUUCUUUGAUAAGAAUGGAAAAGUUGUGCAAGCUCUUUUGACGGCUAGCAAGAGGGUCAAUAUGGAUGGCCAAAUUAUAGGAGCCUUCUGCUUCUUGCAGAUUGCAAGUCCUGAGUUGCAACAAGCUUUGAAAGCCCAGAGGCAACAGGAGAAAAAGGGAUUUACUAGAAUGAAAGAGUUGGCAUACAUUUGCCAGGAAAUAAAGAACCCUUUAAGUGGUAUACGGUUUACAAACUCUCUUUUGGAGGCUACGGACCUGACUGAGGAUCAAAAGCAGUUUCUUGAAACUAGUGCUGCUUGUGAAAAGCAGAUCUUAAAGAUCAUUCGAGAUGUUGAUCUAGAGAGCAUUGAGGAUGGUUCAUUGGAGCUUGAGAAGGGAGAAUUCUUACUUGGAAGUGUCAUAAAUGCUGUUGUUAGCCAAGUCAUGUUAUUGCUGAGGGAAAGAAAUCUACAAUUGAUUCGUGAUAUUCCAGACGAAAUAAAAACUUUAGCUGUAUAUGGCGAUCAGGUGAGGAUUCAACAGGUACUGGCUGAUUUCUUGUUGAACAUGGUACGAUGUGCACCAUCUUCAGAUGGAUGGGUAGAGAUUCACGUUCAUCCAACACUGAAGCAAAUCACUGAAGGACUCACUGUAAUGCAUACAGAAUUCAGGAUGGUUUGUCCUGGUGAAGGUCUUCCCCCUGAAUUAGUUCAAGACAUGUUCCACAGCAGUCGAUGGACAUCUCAAGAAGGUCUAGGGCUUAGCAUGUGCAGGAAGAUUUUGAAGCUUAUGCAAGGUGAAGUCCAGUACAUCAGAGAGUCGGAAAGGUGUUAUUUCUUAGUUGUCCUUGAUCUUCCCAUUCCACGGAGAGGUUCAAAAAGUGCAGACUAGGAUGUUUGGCCCUGGAGAUUUAUUGAAGUUCUUUUCCAAUUUUGACCUGAUACUGGCGGUACACCUCAUGAGAACUGCUUUCAAAACCCAGUUACCUGGUUUACUCUUGUACCAAGGCUACCUGACUUCGGCUAAUCUUUAGGUAAUGCAACUGUUUCAUGCCACCUUUUGAAGCAGGUCUGAUGCUUUUACAUCAAAGCCUGCCCAGAUCACCGACUAUGCAGCGGAGGUUAUCUGACUAACAUUUGUCUAGAAACACAGCGAUCUUGCUGAUAUAUGCCAGAUCAAAACUUUGGUAGUGUGCUAUCAUGUAAUCAAGAAAGCAACACGUGGAUCUCAUAAGAUUUUUCGAGGAGGUUUCCACAAUGAAGAGCUUUGCAAUCGGCUGUAAAGUAAAUACAUGUAUGUAUACAUCACAUCUUCUCCGGUUCCCAUAAUUACUGCAGCAUACACUCAGAUUUUCCCUCCAGCUCCAGGGCCAGUCCUUAACUUAAAUGUCUUUUUUUGUUAUGUCUCCUGUAUAAUAAAGUCAAAUGUCGAGGCCUGGUAUAUAACAUGAGAGUUGUAAACUACAUUUAAAUGCAUGUGUUCUUCUCCGUAAUUGGUAAAUGAUACAAUUGCUAUUUAUUUA